UGCCCUUCUUGAUGUGGUGGUUGUUGGGCUUCAGUGUGCUGUUCGAGAAGCCCGUGUAGUUCCCGGACUGCGCGAUCGGGUUCGUCGACGGCGGGGCGAAGAUCUGCGCAGAGGCGGCGGUCGCGACCUGCACGGACGAGACCGCGAAAAGGGCAGCAGCGAGGACACGGAAGGCGGACAUGGGGUCGAACUCGACAGCGGCGCGGGAAUGGAAUCAAGGAGCCACAGAACAUUGGAAGCAUGCGAGGUCCAUUUUAAAAGAACAGGCGGACAGUUUGGGGGAUGUGUGAUGGGAGUGGAUGAACGUGCGCAGGAGCCACGGGUGGAGAUCCAUGUGCGCCCAGCGCUCCGGGCGAAAGGGGAUGAGGCGGCAUGUGGGAGACUGCUGAAAUGGGAAGGCAGACCAGCCGAGCCAUCCAUCAGUGGUCCCUAGCCAAUCAGCGUCCUCGCAUUGUGCAGUCCCUGGAGAUUCGUUAGCGCUGCGACCAGCUCCUGCAGAUCAGCGGCGUCGGCCCGUCAAGCACGAGCCCAGAGGACCCUACCCUUCUGUCCAGCCAAUAUCAUGUCUGGACGCCGGCACGUCUCGUGGGCCACCGACCCGGAAGUGGAGGAGCAUGCGCUGCUGUUGCGCGCCGACGAAACGGCGGACGCGGAGUCGGAGCGUCCACGUCCUGCAGCACCACCAUCACCACGUAUAUCUAGGCGACAGCGCGCCUAUGCAUACGGCGCUCUCUUCCUCGUCACGAUCCCUCUGUUCCUCCUCUUCGUCAUCGCGCUUCUCCGCCAUCCGGACGAACGUGCGACCUCCGCGGGAUCGGCUUCGGCAGCAGCAGCAGCAGUGCUGGAGCACCCGGACACAUUCAAGCUCGACGCGGCAUUUGACCGGACGGCGCCCCCAACGACACGCGUGUACAGAUGGACGGUAUCCGAAGUGAUGAUGUACGAGCCUGGUUUCGGCUCGAACCGCACGCGCGUCGUGGUGAACGGCCAUUCGCCCGGGCCUCUCAUCCAGGCGAACCAGCACGAUCGGGUGGUGGUUUAUGUGACGAAUGGGCUGAAGGGAGAGGGCACUUCUAUCCAUUGGCACGGGCUCCCUCAGCCAGGUACUCCGUUUUACGAUGGAACCCCCGGUGUGACGCAGUGUCCGAUCCCUCCUGGACAGACACUGGUGUACAACUUUACUCUGGGAGACUUCAAUGGAACGACGUGGUGGCACGGCCACUCGGGUGUCCAACACACAGAGGGCCUGGUCGGGCCCAUCGUAGUCCACUCGCCCACUGAAUACGGCUCGGAUGCAAGAUCGAAGAUCUCCGACCAUAUCAUCACCAUUACUGACAACUACGCGGACUCGGCUAAGCCGAUGCUCGUGGAUUAUCUGGCUUCGACCCCGAUUGAAACGACCGACGAGCCUGUUCCGGACUUCGCCCAGAUCAACGGCGCGGGUGCCGGUGGACACGAAGAUGAUCGUGGAGUGUACGACGAGGUGUCUGUGCCCAAGGGCUGGACACCCACCCUCCGCCUCGUCCACGCUGGAUCGUUUGCGCCGAUGCGCAUCUCCGUCGAUGGCCACGCACUGACCAUCGUCGAGACUGAUGGCACACCUAACGAGCACGUGCAGGUGCGCGACCUGCUGAUCUGGCCUGCCCAGCGUUAUCGCGUGCGCCUGGAUCCUGUGGGUGCCGCUGCCUCUCAAGCUGUCUGGGUCAGGGCGCACAUGGAGGACAGCGCGUUCUCCUACGACAACUUGCGCCAGCAGCCCGAAGCGCGCGCGAUCCUGCGCUUGUCUUCUUCCUCCUCCUCCAGCACAUCUCGGCCGACGUCGCAUCCCGGACCGCUCGAUGAAGACAAGGCCCUUAGCGACUGGUGGGCCCGGCUGCCCCACUUCGACGAAUGGACGCUCCGCCCCGGCGCGGGCAUGCAAGCCCUGCCGACGUCCCGCGACACGCUCACGGUCCCGUUCAAGUUCUCGAUCCAGCGCACGAGCGCGCGCAACUGGCGCUCGUUCAUGAACAACACAAGCUGGGAGAUCCCGCCCGCGCGCGACGCGAUGCUCGUCGCGGAUCUGGCUGGGAUCUAUCGCGGCGACCCGCUGCGCGUGAAGAGCUACCCCGUAGAUCAGCUCGUGGCUGCCAUUCCUCGGGACCACGUCGUCGACUUUGUGAUUACGAACCUUGAUGACGGAGACCAUCCGUUCCACUUCCGCGAUGGGUGCAGGCAUGGCUACGCUCCUUGGCUUCUGGGACACGGGAAAGGGCGCUUCAGAUCGUACGUGAACCACCUCGACACCACGAAUCCGAUUCGUCGAGAUACCUUCACCGUUCCUGCACGCAGCUGGGCUGUCGUUCGUAUUCUGACAGACAAUGCCGGAUACUGGGCCUUCCAUUGCCACAUAUCAUGGCACAUGGCCGGGGGCGGGAUAUUCCAGCUUGCUGUGCCCCCGGCGGCUAACGAGACGUUGACGCUCCCGGAGGACAUUGUGCGGCAUUGUCGCAUGUGGGACAAGUAGUGGCGCGCCUCGUACUUGUGACCGUAUUUCGUCAGGACAUACCCAGUUAGCGGCGAGCUGUCUCGGGAAAGUGCAUAACCAUGAGGUAUCCCCAUUGUUGGCUCGAAUCAAUCCAAAGAGAGCAGCUGGCAGUAGAUAUCCCUACUGCACCCAUAUAUCCAGCCUAAAAGAUUACAUUCCUG